AGCAGAAUAAAUUUUUUUUUGGCCUACAGAAAAGGAAAGAAGCUAUGGCGUUUAGAUAAAUUGUUUCUUCUUGAGAAAGCCGUCGAGGUUGGGCUUGUAGAGGCCGAAAUUUAUUAAUUUUCGAUAAGGUCUCUAUUAAAACGUGUGGAAUUAUAAAGCCGCCAACAUUUUGCCCAAGUCUAAUUCACCGUCGGUGGCCAUGUCGGCUGCCCAUGGCUGUCUCCACUUGAACAACUUCAAAGCGGCCAAGGGGACUAGGCCCUACCGGCUCAUUCAUUCCUUUUUUGUGGCAUGCACAUCUUCAGAAGCCCGUAAACGCAAGGCCAAAUCGUGUGUGUGUCAUGUCUGUCAGCGAAGAGGACCCAGGCUUCAUGCCUGCCUUCACUGCAUUUUCUUUGGCUGCUAUGGUGCUGGUCACAUACAGGCUCACUCUCAGCAGCGGAAACAUUUCUUAGCUGUAGAUCUGACUUAUGGAGUUGUGUGUUGCUUUCAGUGUGGGGAUUACGUCUAUGACCGAGAAUUGGAAACUAUUGCUCAAAAGCAUCAAACCAAAGCUUCUCUCUCCUUGGGACUGGGUCAAGUCUAUCAUUCAUGGGAACCUUCUGAGGAAGAAAUUGAGCUCCUCAAAAAGCAUACGCGACGCAAGAAGAUCACAGACUCUGCCACUAUCGGACUCAGAGGUCUAGUGAAUUUGGGCAACACCUGUUUCAUGAACUGCAUAGUACAGGCUCUCUUAAAAGUACCUCUUCUCAGAGAUUUCUUCUUGUCGGAUCGUCAUAUUUGUCAGUUCCAAGACGAACCGAGUCGCUGUCUGGUCUGCGAAAUCUCUCGCCUAUUCCAAGAGUUCUAUUCGGGGAACAAGGCUCCUCUGACAUUGCACCGACUUCUUCACUUGAUAUGGACUCACGCUCGUCAUUUAGCUGGAUAUGAACAGCAAGACGCCCAUGAAUUUUUCAUAGCUACUUUGGAUGUACUCCAUCGACACUGCAGAGGACCAAAUGAGCAACAGUCGACUCAACCUCAAGAGAACUCUGUCAAUCGGUGCACAUGUAUCAUAGAUCAAAUUUUCACUGGUGGUUUGCAGUCAGACGUCGUUUGUCAAGCUUGCCACGGUGUCUCUACAACAGUAGAUCCUUUUUGGGAUAUUUCCCUGGACCUCGGUCCGUCACCCAGCACGAAAGUCGUCACCACUGGCAACGGCCCUGGAUCGAUUCCCACUUCCUUGCAGGACUGUUUGGAGCGAUUCACCCGGGCAGAGCACUUGGGAUCUUCGGCUAAGAUCAAGUGUUCGCGAUGUCUUAGCUACCAAGAAUCCACAAAACAACUGACGAUGAAGAAACUGCCAGUGGUUGCUAGUUUUCACCUAAAGCGCUUUGAACAUUCCAAUCGAUUCCAUAAGAAGAUCUCGUCAUUCAUCGCCUUUCCAGAAUACCUGGACAUGAGUCCAUUCAUGUCCCACCGUCGAAACAUCAAUAACAACGUCAAUUCGGAUUCUCCGGACCGGGCUGAUAGGCCCGUCCACAAGCCCCUUAUUUCCACUGAAAACAUGUAUUCUCUAUUUGCUGUGAUCAACCACGUCGGAACCAUUGAAGCCGGUCACUACACGGCCUACAUCCGGCAGCACCGAGACCAUUGGUUCAAGUGCGAUGACCAUCUCAUCACCAAAGCUGAUAUUCGCGACGUCCUCCAAAGUGAAGGGUACCUACUCUUCUACCACAAGAUGAUAUUGGAGUACGAAUAAAAAUGGAGAAGAAAAAUGUUUGUAAAGGGCAGCUCAACCGAGUCAACUUUUGUUUGUUUUUUUUUGCAUGCAACAUCCAUCCCUCCAUUCACAAGACCUUUUUUUGUUUGUUUUGUUUUUCCUUUUUUAAUUUCACUUUCUCACUUCCACUUCCAGACAGUUCAUCAGCGGUUAAUGACCGUAGAAAACGACCAUUUUCAUUUUUUCUUUUUUCACGAUUCAAUAAAAUAUGAAAAAACAUAAAAUGGUUAGAACAAGGAAUUGAAAGACGAAAAAAAAAAGCGAGAUUUCUCUGACACAAACCCUCCCAUUGGUGUUUCUGCCCUUUGGAUUCUUUUGAUUGUAAAUCC